GGCCACGAAGAUGAGCCGGCUCUGCCUCUCCGCAGCCCUUCUGGUCCUCCUGGGCACCCUGGUGGCCGGCACCCCAGAGGGUGACGACAGCAACAAGGACAAUGGCCUGCGCCCUGCCUUCUGUCUGCAGCCUCCAUACACCGGGCCCUGCAGGGCCAUGUUCACCAGGUACUUCUUCAACGCCGUGUCCGGGCUCUGCCAGACCUUUACUUACGGCGGAUGCAGAAGGAAGCAGAACAACUUCCGGAAUGAGAAGGAGUGUAUCAGCACCUGUGGGGGCCGCAACAGGGCACAGUAGAAUCUGGCAACUGUGCUCCCAGAGAUGCUGAAGUCCUAGGAGGCCCCACACGGGGCUGUGGCUGCUUCUGAGCUAUUUGAGUCUCCUCUGCUUCCUUCUCAAGCCUACCCUCCUCAGCAGAACCCUGCCUCUCUCUUCACUGCAACCUCACCUUCACCCCCCUCCCCAACAUCACUGCUCUCCUUGAAGGGGCAGUGGGGAAUUUCUGGUCCAGCCCUGAGCAUCAGUGGUGGUAGAAGUGUUUUCAGUAAAGAAGCCCUCUUGCCCCACCGUGAUGUUGCA